AUGCGUCUUACUCUGCCGACCUCCCGUCUCCACACCAGAGGGGGCGGGGGAUUCUCUGUCGGGGCCUCAAAGCUCUGGAUCGCUCCACCUGGAGAUAAGCCGAUCUCUGCGACACCUCAGGAGCUGUCCGCUUUGGAUUUGAUCAGUUUUGACGAGUUACAAAGUGAUGAAAUUGAUGAAUCAAUGGAAGCGCUUUCCGAGGGCGCAACGGGAGGCACCGCAAACGACACCGAUGCGAAUCCGAGUGAAGAAAGUUCAUCUAAAGUACUGGAACAAACGCGGGGAAAAAACAGCGCGCCAAGGCAUGCGCUAAACAUAGACGAGAAACUUCUAAAAGUGGACACGCCGAGUGACUCAAGCAGAAAUGUCAGCCGAGUGCAUAGGCGAAGUAAAGUGGGGGGUGUGGAGCGCAGAAAUAUGACUGAAAAGGAUGAAGAUAUCGCGUCUCUCUUGGGGCAGAGACGUGGACGCGGAGCCAGGAGCGCAGAGACUUGGUCCGAAUUUGGCCAAGAGGACAUAGGGGGAGAUGCCGUUUCAGGGGACCCGGAGGAGUUCCAGCUCACACACAGCACAUUUGCGCUCACUGGGGACACGGCUCACAACCAGGCGAUGGUGCACUGGUCUGGGCAGAACAGCAGCGUGAUCCUCAUGUUGACAAAAUAUUACGACUUCAACACCGGUAGAGUGACGGAGAGCUCUUUAUGGAGGUCAACUGAUUACGGCACCACGUAUGAGAAGCUAAAUGAAAGAGUCGGGCUGAAGACCAUCCUGAGCUAUUUAUACGUGAGCCCCAACAACAAGAGAAAGAUCAUGUUACUGACCGACCCAGAGGUGGAGAACAGCCUGCUUAUUAGUCUCGACGAAGGGGCGUCCUAUCAAAAACACAGCUUAACCUUUGAUAUCCUCAGCUUGCUUUUCCACCCCGAGCAGGAGGACUGGAUCCUGGCCUACAGUCAUGACCAGAAGCUCUAUGUCUCGGUUGAGUUUGGGAGACGAUGGCAGCUCGUGCAUGAUAAUGUGGUCCCCAAUAGAUUUUACUGGUAA